UUCUCACUUACAAUCUCUUCCUCUCAUACCAAGAACUCUCACUUCACACACAUCAUGUCCGUCAAAGAAGUCUCAUUUACGCCUUUCCAGGACCAGAAGCCAGGAACUUCUGGUCUCCGCAAGAAGGUCAAGGUCUUCCAACAGGACCACUACAGCGAAGCUUUCGUCGCCUCCAUCCUCCUCUCCAUCCCCGAAGGCGUCAAGGACUCGUACCUGGUCAUUGGCGGUGAUGGCCGUUACUGGAACCCAGAGGUCACCCAAGUGAUUGCAAAGAUCGGUGCCGCCUACGGUGUCAAGAAGCUCUUGAUCGGUCAGGAUGGCAUCAUGUCAACACCCGCCGCGAGCCACCUGAUCCGCAUCAAGAAGGCCACUGGUGGAAUUCUCCUCACUGCAUCUCACAACCCGGGUGGUCCCACAGAGGACUUCGGCAUCAAGUACAACCUUGCGAAUGGAGCUCCAGCACCGGAGAGUGUGACGAACAAGAUCUACGAAACCUCCAAGACUCUCAAAUCCUACAAGAUCGCCGACAUUCCCGACAUCGACCUUUCCACCAUUGGCACCAAGACAUACGGCCCCCUCGAGGUCGAGAUCGUUCACAGCACCACCGACUAUGUCAACAUGCUCAAGGACAUCUUCGACUUCGACCUGAUCAAGAACUUCCUCAAGCAACAUCAAGACUUCAAGAUCCUCUUUGACGGCCUCAGCGGUGUGACUGGCAACUACGGUGUGGACAUCUUUGAGAAAGAGCUUGGAGUGAAGGGAAGCACACAAAACUGCAAACCACUGCCAGACUUUGGUGGACACCACCCAGAUCCCAACCUUGUCUACGCACACUCGCUGGUCGAGCGUGUUGAUCGGGAAGGCAUCCACUUCGGAGCCGCUUCUGACGGUGACGGUGACCGCAACAUGAUCUACGGUGCCAACUCUUUCGUAUCACCUGGUGACUCGCUCGCCAUCAUUGCACACCACGCCGACCUCAUUCCAUACUUCAAGAAGCAAGGCGUCUACGGUCUGGCUCGUUCCAUGCCAACAUCCGGCGCCGUCGAUCUCGUCGCCAAGAAGAAGGGCCUCGAAAGCUACGAAGUGCCAACCGGCUGGAAGUUCUUCUGCGGUCUCUUCGACUCGGACAAGAUGAACAUCUGCGGAGAGGAGUCAUUCGGCACAGGUUCAAACCACAUUCGUGAGAAGGACGGUCUUUGGGCAGUCGUUGCAUGGCUCAACAUCAUCGCCGGAGUUGGCCAGCAAACCGGCACCACACCCAGCAUCAAGAGCAUUCAACACGAUUUCUGGCAAAUCUACGGCCGCACCUUCUUCACCCGCUACGACUACGAGGGCUGCGAAAGCGAAGGCGCCAACAAGAUGACCGCACACAUGAAGGAGCUCAUUACCACGAAGCGCGACUCGUUCGUCGGCUCUUCAAUCGCUGGCCGGAAGGUCAUCGAGGCGGACGACUUUAGCUACACCGAUCUUGACGGCAGCGUCAGCAAGAACCAGGGCAUCUACGUCAAGUUCGACGACGGCAGCCGCAUUGUCGUGCGAUUGUCGGGUACGGGCAGCUCUGGCGCCACGAUCCGUCUGUACAUUGAGAAGCACGAGACGGAUGAGAAGAGCUAUGGUUUGGAUGCGCAGGAUUAUCUGAAGGACAACGUCAAGAUGGCCGUGGAGCUGUUGAAGCUGCAGGAGUUCAUUGGCCGCGUUGAGCCUGAUGUUAAGACUUGAGUGUCUUGUUUGAUGUGAUAGCGCUGUUGGCGCAGAGCGAAAUGAAAAGCAAUUGUAGCGGAUGACAUUACGAUGAGAGCAUGUGUAGAUAGCAGAUUUUACGUUUGGAACACCAA